GAGAAACUGAAAAUGGGUCGUCAUCUUCUUCUCCUUCUUUUUCUGCUGAUUUUAAUGUCAUUUUCAGCAAGGUGCCGUUCAUGGGGUUGGUUCUCUUCUUCAACAGAGACUCCUGGCUCUGCUGAUAACCCUUCACAGAGAAAAGAUCAUUCCACUGGUUCUGUAGCAGAAUUUUCAAUGGAUGGCUUUAGAGAUGAGAAGGGAUUGAACCUGAUUGAAAAUGCCAGAAAUAAAUUGGCAGGUUCAAAUUCUUGUUGGCAAAAUGCUUAUCAACAGCUCUUAGCUGGCUGCUCACAGAUUCUUGCCGUUGAAGAGAUGCGGUCAAGAUUUGCUUGGCAUCUUAGUGAUUGCUUCCAAAGAGAUUCUGGAAGACCGCCUUUUCCUCAUUGUGACACAAAAUCUGCCAUGAUUAAUUGUCUCAAGAAAUUAAAUGAAAAUGAGCAUAAAGUUUUUCUUGCAUUCUCACUUGAAACAAACUCCAUCUGCUAUCAGUUACAGGCCCAUUCCUUCAAGCAUAAAAUGGAAAGACUAGUGAAUGAUCUUAAAAAUUCAGCAGAAUACACCACAGACCAACUAGAAAUCAUACAAGAGAGAACAUAUUCCCUAUCAAAGAGCUCAAAUCAGAUUCACGAGACCUUAUGUUCAACUGAUUUUCACGUUCAAAAUGUAUCUCAAACAAUAGAGGAUGUUAAGGAUCACAUGGAUGUUUUAUCUCGUCAUUCAGAAUCUGUUUAUAAGCAAUCCAGAGAAAUAGCACAUUCUCAAUCCGAACUGCGAGAAGAACAGGCAAGAAUGAAUGACAAGUUGAAGGAAGGGAUGGCAACCAUUCAUGAUGCUUACACCAAUUUGGGCCAACAAGUGGACAGUUUGAGGAUUGAGGCUGCUGAAAUAGAGAAGCAAAUUGAUACAGUUGGAGAAACAAUGUCUUCAAGAAUGCGAAAUUUGCAGAAUACAGCUGAUGACAUUGAGGAUAAGGCUGGGAAAUCCUUGGACAAGCAACAUCAACUUCUAGAUGGGCAGUCCACUGCACUCAAGGGUCUACAACUGCUAACUGAAUUCCAAUCAGAAGCACUAGUAGAGAGCAGGAGUACUCUUGAAAGACUAACAGAAUAUGGCCGUAAACAGCAGGAAGAGCUUCUCCAGCGGCAAGCACAGCUUCAACAAGUACAUGACAACUUGAUCGAAAAUUCAAAGUCAAUAUUAGCAGCUCAGGAAGCUUUUGAAUCAAAGCAAACUAGCAUGUUCAUAGCACUGGAUAAGCUGUUUGCUCUGCACAAUGCUAUGUUAGUUGAAUCACGAAUAAUUAAAGUAUUCUUCAUCUACACAAUGUCAGUCUUUAUCAUCUACAUGUUCACCAGCACAAAACAAACAUACACUGUAAGAGCAAGUCUAUACAUAGGUCUCUGUGCCACGUUCUUGAUAGAAGUUGCAAUACUCCGACUGACAGAAAAUAACAUUGAACAGCAAACAUGGCUAAUUAAUUUGGUUAGGUCGCUCUAUGUGCUUCUCUCAUCCAUUCAGCUUCUACACUCCAUUUACACAUACAGGGACUACGAAGUUAUGAAUCAUCAGAUGAUACUAACAUUAAUUGACAAAGUUAAUGACAUGCAAAGGAAUAAAGAGUUGUCAUGGGAAACCGAUAGUGAUGUCAACUGGCCUUCAUGGCUUGAAACAGAGUCACCAGAUGAAGUUGAUAACUUAGAAGAAGUUGGAGAGAACUCAAUUUCAACAACUUCCAUGACAAGGAAAUAUGAUCUCCGUUCCCGCCAACGUCGCUGAAAGUUUCUUGAUACACCUAUUUUCGGACGUUAGCUCAGGACAGGAUCAUUUGGCUGUAUUUCGUAUUAUGUAUAUUCAGCAAAAGAA